CAGCGCCUGUCCGUUGACGGGGACGGUCGCUUGGAGGAGGUUUCCCGCCGCCGAUCUUGCCUCUCUCCCGCCGCCUCCGUCGCCGCCGUAGACGAAAUGGCUGAGCCCGCCACCCAGUCCCCGUUCAUUUCUUCCUCCGCCGGGGGCGGCUCUUCCGAGCCGGGAGGACGAGACCUCAAGGUGGCAGGUUCCCCUCAGUCUUGCGCUGAUUCCUUUGUUUCUUCCUCUCAGCCUGUCUCUCUCUUUUCGACCUCACAAGCUGGCGCUCAGGUUGCUUGUUUAACACAGUCAGAAAACCAGAGGGGAACAAGUGGCAAAUCUACCACCUGGAACGCGGAGGAAGAGCAAAUAGUUGGUGAAGUGCAAGGCCGUGUCUGUGGGACUUCUGAAAGUUUGGCGCCGGGGCCAGCUUCUGUAGGACCGUCCAGCCAGGAGAAAUCCAUGUUCUCUGUGGGAUCCAAAAUCCAUAGCCAUGGCCCAGCGGCGCAGGCUGGUUGCCCGGGUUUUAAUGACGUUAAGGCCAAUGUCUCUGCCGGUGGUCCAAGUGGACCUGACCAACUCAAGGAACCGGCCUUCAGUGAAGAAUCCACAUUUGCUUUGCUAACCGACCUGGAAGAGGAACCUGCAGGGCAGCCACAUUCCUCAACAGCCCCCACGGUAGCUGGCGAGGCCACUGGAGAAAAAGAUUCCCCCGAGUCUCCCUUCGAGGUCAUCGCCGACAAGCUGGACUUCGACAAGGAGUUCAGAGGCGCCUUCACAAGCCACUCUGACGACAUCGGUAGCAACUGGGUUGUGCACAGCGAGAGGGAGCUGCUGACCGACAUUCCAGAGGACAGCGUGUGCGAGUUCCAGGUGAAGCCACGGGCUGGGAGCAGAGUCCCGUCGGGGCCGGGCCUCUCCCGCCAGUCUUCAGGCACCACCGCCGCGCUCGAAGAAGUCUCCAAGUGCGUCCGUGAGAUGCACAGCUUCACGAGUGAGCUGCUCAGCUGGGACUUGAUCCCCAGGGACCUCAACGGCAAGCCCGACGACGACUUUGUCAGCUCGGGCUUCUCGGCCGCCCCCACCAAAGACACAAACCACGUCACCUCGGGGCCAGCAGGUGGCAACGUGACGUUCGGCAAAGCUCCGGCCCCUCACCAGCCUCUCACCAUCAUCCUCCGCCCAAAAGGCCAGCCGUCUCCAGAGGCAGAGGAGCAGCGGUCCGUUGCAGGUCGAGAUUCUGCCGCCGCCAAGACUGCUGCCCCAGCCCCAGGAGAGCUGCAGGCCGAUGCCUGUUGGCCGAAUCCUGCCCUGCCUGAAAUAAUGGAUGCCGACAGCUCUGGGGAGUCCGACGAUACCGUCAUCGAAGACCCAACAGUGGAGCCGACCUUCCAAAACGAGAAGGCUGCGGAGAGCAGCGGGGCACCCACACACCUAGCCGGUUGUGCGGAAAAGGGGGCUGAACCCUCCGAUGAUGACGGGGCACCGGACGAACCACGCGGACCCCGCCAAGGGGGUGGGAUUCCUCCCAGGGCCCUGGAGUGCAAGUGGGGAACUGCUGAUGGGUUUGAAGCGGUCCAGGCUAAGGCUGAUGCUCUUGGGGGGAGUCCCGUUGCUGCACCGCAGCCCAGCCCACGGUCCACUUCACGUGGGCCUGCUAAAGCAGGGCAGGAUCUGGGCACUUGCCAACAGGACUUGGUUGAGGAGUGGGCUCAAGCAGAGCACCGCCCCCUUCCCCCGAGAGGAGGUCCCCCUUCUCUUCCCUUGGACAGUCUGGAAGAGGCCAUGUAUCCAGACACAAGCAACGGGGAGAGCUUUAUGGACUUCAUGAAGGAGUGCUUGAAAUCCAAAGGGAGCGAAUCCCCCGAAGACUCCGUUGAAACCUUCACGGAGGCCGAGCUCAAAGCGGCGAGAUCCGAAGUGGCGGCACCACGCUUCCCGGAGCCUCCCAAGGCAACUCAGGACUUGGAGCAGGAGCGCCUUACCAUCAAGGCCCUCAAAGAAGUUGGCCGGAAGAUGGAGCUGGAGAAGCCACGGCCUCCACCGAGCAAGGCCUCCCCACCUGGGGGCUGGUGUCCCGGGAAGCCUGCCGAGAUGUCCGCAAGCCCCCCAGCACCUGCGCAGAAGUCCGCUUUGGAAAAAAGGCCCCUCUGCCUGGAGCAGGCUGUGGAUGUGAAGUUGGCACCUGCCUGCGCCACCCUGCCCGCUGCUCCCAGUAAACCUUCCCCAGCCCUCCCACCUGGGCCGCCUGCUCCAUGCACCAUUGUAAAAAUACUGGCUAAAUUCUCAGUGCACGACCUGAUCUUCUGGCGGGAUGUGAAGAAGACGGGCCUCGUCUUCAGCACGACCCUGAUCUUGCUGCUCUCCCUGGCCGCUUUCAGCGUCAUCAGCGUCGCCUCGUACCUCAUCCUCGCGCUCCUCUCGGUCACCAUCAGCUUCCGGGUCUACAAGUCAGUCAUCCAGGCCGUACAGAAGUCCGAUGAGGGACACCCAUUCAAAGCCUACCUGGAUGCAGACGUCGCCCUCUCCUCUGAGACUUUUCACAAAUACGUCAACUCUGCUAUGGUGCAUGUCAAUCACGCUCUGAAGCUCAUCAUGCGCCUCUUCUUGGUGGAAGACUUGGUGGAUUCACUGAAGCUGGCAGUCGUCAUGUGGCUGAUGACCUACGUCGGGGCCAUCUUCAACGGGAUCACCCUCCUCAUCCUGGGGGAGCUGCUGGUUUUCAGCGUCCCGGUGGUUUACGAGAAAUACAAGACUCAGAUCGACCAUUACAUUGGGAUCGCUCGGAGUCAGGUCAAGUCGGUCGUCACAAAGAUCCAAGCAAAAGUUCCCGGAGUUGUGAAGAAAAAGCCGGAAUAACCUUGCAGGGAGCUUGGGCCCAGCUGUUCACUAAAUCGAAGCGAAACAAAAACCAUACCCCUUGUGUCAUAGUUAUAACCAAUGUUACUUGUACCCAUGAAGGAACACGCAAAGUCAAGCUUGAUGUCUGCAUUCCAAGCUUCUUCUGAUUUUUUUUAUUACUUUAUUUUUAUUCCCCCCUCCUUCAGCCCAAACACUGGACUUUGGACUGCACAGGACUAAACGUGAACUAGUGUCAGAAGCGUAGAAGUGGGGUGGGGGGCUGGCUUCCGUCUCUCCAGACCACCGGGGUAGCUUCUUAGCUGGAAUGUGUCGUGAUGCAUCCGAGGCAGGUGCCCUUCUCUGGUUCGAAACGUGCUUUCUGCUCAAGGGACCAUGUUGUGAGUUUCCAAGGCAGCCGGGCUGGAACAGCGGCGAGGCGCAGACUGUCGGUCGGUCGGUCGGUCGGUCUGUCUGUCUGUCUGCUCCUCGUUCUCCUGCGCCCCAUUGCAGAGUGGUGGUGAUGGUUCCAUUCAGGCCGGGGCCGUCUGUCUCACCAGGCUUGUCUUCCUGCUGCGGAACACCUGGCCUGACUCAGACAAGCUUAGGGAAGGGCCACAAAACACUGGCCAGCCGUUUCCCUCCCCACCAGGGUACCCCCCACUGAUGGAAAGGGGGGAUCCUCGCGCCCCGUCUCCCUGAAUGACAUCAGUUCUGCUUUCGGGUCUGGCCCAUCUCUCUCCUUCCUUUCUCCUUCCCUCCCUCCCCUUGAGGUCCGUAAAGCGACACUGAGUUUUUCUUCUUCAGAAAUGACCGUGUCUGUAACUGCUGUACGCAUUGCUGUAAAAACGGACGUCUGCAUGCAACUCUCUCCCUUCCCCAGUCUUGUUCCUCGGCGGGCGGGGGUAGGAUGCGCAGAGCACGAACACACUUGCCCCGACCCUGGUUUUAGUCUGCCCCGAGUCUCACCCGCCUUGUAGUAGCUAGGGAGCCGCAGUUUCAAGGCAGCGGUUGCAAUUGCUCUAGUCGGAGUCACUGUAGUACGUGUUUACAGUUUUUAGAAAGAUGCUUGGGAGUGGAGGGUUGUAUCGAAGAAAAAUCACUGCUUUUAAAACUAUUUGUGUCCUAAAGCUCUUUUUAAGCCAGUUUUUCAUGCCUUGGUGAUGGUUCCUCACUGGCAGGUGUGUCGUUCCCUGCACAGACGUGGCUGGGCCGUGUUGGACGUGCACGUCGGGAGCCAUUGCCAGUUUCUCAGAGUUUUUCCCCCCCAAUGAAAGAGGGGCUGGGUAGAACUGGAGAAUUGAUGGGGGAUUCCACUUGAGUCGGGGGAGUCCCCCUCCUGUCGAGUCCGAGCAAAGGGGAGCAGCGUCCAGUGGGCAGCUCAAGUGGAACAGGCCAGUCUUCUAGGCUGCCUAGGUCUCAGAGUGGGAGCCAGUUAAAGCAGGGAAGUGGGCAAGUUUUCCAGGGUCCAAGGAAGAGCGCCUCUCCUUCACAGCCUCGGCCUUCUCCCCAUUUCACUCGUCAGCCGCUGCUUCACUGGCUGAUUUUGCUGUUGUGACUUGACAGCUGGGUGGCUGGUGCAGAGAAGGCAAAAACUUCGAACAGAGUGUCAGGCAGAAAUCUUACGCUCACGCAAAUGCAAACCUGUCGGCUUCCCGGUUCCCUUUCCCCCUUAGAGCCCUGCUUGGAGUGAGGCUCUCCUCGGGAGCGGCCGGCACCCACGGUCGCGGGGCCAUGCGGUUCUUCGAAGCGAGAAACGUUUCUAGUCCAGUGGGGAGGCUCGUAUUAAGCUUCAGGUGCUUUGUCGGGCCGUGGUCACUCACUCGAACACGGGUGUGUCUGUAACGUGGUGUUAGAGAAGCAGGCGGUAGCGAACGGCCCGCGAACGUCUGCCUGUGCUUCUGCUGUGCCACUCGCCCACACCAGAGAGGUAGCCGCACUGGGUUGUCCCGGUCCCUCUUCCACGUCCACCCACCCUUUCCUCCACCCCAUUCCAGGGACCCCUCCUCCGCACUGGAAGCCUUUGGCUCAGCUCUUGCAUCCGUUCUGUUACUGCUGUGUUUGAAUACCGUGAACCGGCCUCUUUGUGCCCAAAAGGCUUUUUAAAAAAUAGAGAGAAAAUGUAUGUAGAGCAAGAAAACCCACAAAAACUACUAAUGGAGCUCUUUCGUUGGUGUGCGUGUGUGUGUACCAUGCGUGCGAGCAUUCGAAGUACGGUAGCGCCAAAGGAACUGAAGAGACCCUGUUGGGACUUAAAACGAGGAAUGAAUGAAUGCAAUUUGAUGUGGUAUCAUUAAUAAAAGAGCACAAAGUACAAACUCCA